ACAAGUUUUGUUUUCUGCAGAUAAAGUAAAAAAAUAGGAACAUUGCAAUGGAUCGCCACACAAAUAGAGAUCGCUCGUCAUUCAGAGGAAGUCAAAUGGAACCAUCUAUACGCAAGGAGAAAAGAACGGAAAGGAAUAAUGUGCUAACCUACAAGAAACUGCGGAAAAUGCCACUUAAUUUACGCAAACAGGCAGUUCGAGAGGCUCGCAAUAGAAAUGAACCAAUUCUCGGAAAGAAAAAGAAGCGGAAGAGGAAUCCCCGUGUUGUUAAGAAUGCCCGCCGCCUGCGGAACGACUUUGAUCAAGCCGAACACAAAGCCAUGUUGGCCAGCACUUCCGAGGAACUACGACGCAUCCUGCAGGAUGUUGAGACUCUCUCGGACAUUCCGCACGAUAUAACAAACACGGAACUGCGAGGGGAGAUAGCCAUCGCCGAGGGACGGGCCACAACGAUCUAUGUGCAGCGAGAUGGACUCAGCACCCUCACAGUGGUGCUCGACCAGCACGAGCCCACGAUCGCUCAGCUGAAGAGGGCAAUUGCUUUGAUCUCACGGGCACAGCACAAGCGCAGCCAACGCGAGCGGUGCGAAGAGCGUCUUCGGCGUCGGGGAAUCGCCGACGACUCCGACGAACGACGGCAACCAGUUGCGGUGGCCAGCUCCACCGGCGAGUUAGUUCACUCCGCUCAGCGCAACGGGCAUGAUCAUCGCGCGUUCGUCUCGUGGCGGUUUCUAUGGCGCUGUUUUGGACUGCUCAACGUGGACACGAAUCAGCCGAUCGACGACCAACGCUCCAGCGGCAGGGCUACUUUAAAGGAGCUGGGCAUUGAGAACGCAGCCACCCUAAAGUUCGUCCAUCGCGUCAAGUAUUUCGGUCGCCAGCGACAGAGUUGAAGACAGCCAAAACCAAUGAUAG